UCGUCUCAUCCAUCUCAUCAUAUUAAUCCCUUUGAGUAUCUCUCUUUCUCUCUCACACACACACAUACACACUCACUUCUCGAAUUUUCUAGCAAACUCUAUAGCCACCUUUAAUGGGCUUUGCGUUGUUGAAGAGAAAGAAACUAACAAACGUAGCUUAAUCUGCUUGUGUUGUUGUUCAUUCAACAUGGAAGGAGGAGUACCAGAAGCUGAUGUUUCUGCCUUCAGAGAAUGUUUGUCUCUAUCGUGGAAAAAUCCUUAUGUUCUUCGCCUUGCUUUCUCUGCUGGAAUUGGAGGCUUUCUCUUUGGCUAUGACACUGGAGUAAUAUCUGGAGCUCUUUUGUAUAUUAGAGAUGAUUUCAAAGAGGUGGAUAGAAAGACAUGGCUGCAGGAAGCAAUAGUGAGUAUGGCUCUUGCUGGAGCAAUCAUAGGAGCUUCAGUUGGUGGAUGGAUCAACGAUCGAUUUGGAAGAAAAAAGGCAAUAGUUCUAGCAGAUACCCUUUUUUUUAUAGGGUCUAUUGUGAUGGCUGCUUCCAUCAACCCAGCUAUUCUAAUUGUUGGUAGAGUUUUCGUUGGCCUUGGUGUUGGAAUGGCCUCAAUGGCAUCACCUUUAUACAUCUCAGAAGCAUCACCAACCAGAGUUCGAGGUGCCCUUGUUAGUCUCAAUGGAUUUCUCAUCACAGGAGGACAAUUCCUUUCAUAUGUCAUCAACUUGGCCUUCACAAGUGCACCAGGAACAUGGAGGUGGAUGUUAGGAGUAGCAGCAGUACCAGCUUUCACACAAAUAAUAUUGAUGAUGUUGCUCCCAGAGUCACCUAGGUGGCUCUUCAGAAAGGGGAAAGAAGAAGAAGCAAAAGAAAUUCUAAGGAGGAUAUACCCUCCCCAAGAUGUUGAAGAUGAAAUCAAUGCUCUGAAGGAAUCAGUUGAAAUGGAAGUCAAUGAAGCUUCAGCUUCAGAUAAAGUCAGCAUAAUGAAGCUGCUGAAGACUAAAACUGUGAGAAGAGGUUUAUAUGCUGGAAUGGGCCUUCAAAUCUUCCAGCAAUUUGUAGGGAUCAACACUGUGAUGUACUACAGCCCCACCAUUGUUCAGUUGGCUGGUUUUGCAUCCAAUAGGGUGGCACUGCUUUUGUCUCUUGUCAUUGCAGGGCUAAAUGCAUUUGGUUCUAUUUUGAGCAUUUAUUUUAUUGACAAAACUGGGAGGAAGAAGCUUUUGUUGUUCAGUUUGUCUGGUGUUGUAGUGUCCCUUGUUGUUUUAACUGUUGUUUUUCAUGAGACUACAACUCACUCCCCUAUGGUAAGCACAAUUGAAACCUCUCACUUCAACAACACUACUUGCCCUGAUUACAGAACAGCUUUGAACCCUGCUGAAUGGGAUUGCAUGAAAUGCCUCAAGGCUUCUCCAGAGUGUGGCUUUUGUGCUUCUAGGGCUAAUAAGCUUUUACCUGGGGCAUGCUUGAUCUCCAAUGACACAUCACAAGAUCAGUGCCAAAAUGAGGAGAGGCUAUGGUACACUAGAGGGUGCCCUAGCCAAUAUGGAUGGCUUGCAUUGAUUGGCCUAGGACUCUACAUCAUAUUCUUCUCACCAGGGAUGGGAACAGUUCCAUGGGUUGUGAACUCUGAGAUCUAUCCUCUAAGGUACAGAGGGGUAUGUGGAGGAAUGGCAUCUACCUCAAAUUGGGUCUCAAAUCUCAUUGUGGCCCAGUCCUUUCUGUCCCUCACACAAGCCAUUGGGACCUCAUACACAUUCAUGGUGUUCAUAUUCAUCACUAUUGCAGCCAUUAUCUUUGUCAUUAUUUUUGUGCCUGAAACCAAAGGACUUCCAAUUGAGGAAGUGGAGAACAUGCUGGAAAGAAGAUCUUUGAACUUUAGGUUUUGGCAGACAAGUCAUGACUCUAGUGAAGUAGUGCCAAAGCAAAAGAAUCAUCAGUCAGUUUGAGUAAUGAGUUAUGUAUAUUGUGACAUUAAUUAUUAAUGUAGUAGUACAUGUAAGGAACUAAGGGGUUUUGGACAAUAACUAAAAGAGCAAGAUGCAGCAUGUUAGAUUAACGUUAUAGAUUUAAUGCUUUGGAUUAUGUGUAAGUUUGGGUCUAUGUGUAUACUAUUUAAUAUUUAUUUUCUGUAACAAGUUGGUAUUCUGA